UCAACGUCGAACUCGGAUUAAACUUGGCUGUGUGAACGUCGCUACUCUCCCUGGACGCGUAGCACGAAGGAAAAGCAAGUUACACCAUGCUGCGCACAGUGUUGACUCGAACUUUCCCCCAGCUGUCGAGGAUCUCAGCGUGCCAAUAUUCCGCUGCAGCUAUCCCUGCACCGAACACUCAGCCCGAUGUACAUUUCAACAAGCUCUUCAUCAACAAUGAGUGGCAUGAUGCCAUCAGCAAGAAGACCUUCCCCACCAUCAACCCCUCUACUGGAGAAGUCAUCUGCCAGGUUGCAGAGGGAGACAAGGCUGAUGUGGACAAGGCCGUAAAGGCAGCCAAGGAUGCCUUCAGGUUGGGGUCACCAUGGCGGCGGAUGGAUGCAUCACACCGUGGGCUUCUCCUAUACCGUCUGGCUGACGCCAUCGAGAGAGACGCCGCUUAUCUGGCCGAACUAGAGACCCUUGACAAUGGGAAGCCUUAUGCUGUGUCCUUUAUGGUUGAUGUUCCCAUGGUCGUAAAGGUUCUCAGGUACUAUGCUGGAUGGGCUGAUAAGUGGGAGGGCAAGACCAUCCCCAUUGAUGGAGAUUACUUCUGCUACACCAGACAUGAGCCCGUAGGAGUGUGUGGCCAGAUCAUUCCUUGGAAUUUCCCACUUCUGAUGCAGGCGUGGAAGCUGGGUCCUGCUCUGGCCACGGGCAACACUGUGGUCAUGAAGGUGGCCGAGCAGACCCCCCUCACCGCCCUCUAUGUGGCCAACCUCAUCAGAGAGGUGGGAUUUCCCCCUGGUGUGGUGAACAUCAUUCCUGGGAUGGGUCCAUCAGCUGGGGCGGCCAUUGCUUCGCACCACGAUGUGGACAAGGUGGCCUUCACGGGGUCCACGGAGGUGGGCCACCUGAUCCAGCAGGCUUCAGGCACCAGUAACCUGAAGAAGGUCACCCUGGAACUGGGAGGAAAGAGCCCCAACAUCGUCUUGUCUGAUGCUAACAUGGAGGAGGCUGUGGAGCAGUCGCACUUUGCCCUGUUCUUUAACCAGGGCCAGUGCUGUUGUGCUGGAUCCCGCACCUACGUGCAGGAGAGCAUCUAUGACGAGUUUGUGGCGCGUAGCGUGGAGAGAGCCAAGAGCAGAGUGGUGGGAGACCCGUUCAACCUCAAGACUGAGCAGGGACCUCAGGUGGAUGAGGAGCAGUUCAACAAGAUCCUGGGGUACAUCAGCAGUGGCAAGAAAGAGGGCGCCAAGCUGAUGUGUGGGGGAGGCGUGGCAGCUGACCGGGGCUACUUCAUCCAGCCCACGAUAUUCGGGGGCGUCCAGGACAACAUGACCAUCGCUCGAGAGGAGAUCUUCGGCCCAGUCAUGCAGAUCCUGAAGUUCAAGACCAUUGAGGAGGCUGUGGAGAGGGCAAAUGACAGCAAGUAUGGCCUGGCAGCUGGAAUCUUCACCAAGGACAUCGAUAAAGCCCACUAUGUCUCCAAUGGCCUUCGGGCAGGAACUGUUUGGAUCAACUGCUAUGACGUAUUUGGAGCCCAAGCUCCAUUCGGAGGCUACAAGGCUUCAGGCAAUGGCCGUGAACUGGGAGAGUAUGGUCUGGAUAACUACACAGAAGUCAAAACCGUGACAAUCAAAGUUCCCCAGAAAAACUCUUAAGGAUAGAAGUUUGAUUCCCAGUCCACAGAAGAUCUAUUAAUAUCUUGACUUAUCACUACACAAUGUAGCACUUCUUUUCUUCAGAAUUACUGUGUAAUUGUACUAAUUCUGCCAGACCCUUCAUCAUCUUAAUUUGCAGUCGGGAGUUCCAGCCACAGCAUACUUGGCUCUGAUAGGUCUUUGGUGCACAGGUGAAUCUAAACAGUAACGCUUUUUUGUUCUCCGAUUGUAAGCUUCAUUAUGUACAUUUUUAUGGCAAAAAUGUGAAAUUUGAACCCCACUGUUUUGUGUAAUAAAAGCUUGGAACACUGUA